CCAAACGCCACCACGCCAGAAGGAUCAAGACUUCUACACUUCAAGAGCAAGGGAAGGAGACAGACGACACUGCUCUGGAGGAGUAAAGGUUAGAGGUGGCUCUGGACACUGUGCAGCCCCAGAGAAGAUGCUGCCAGCCUUCCUGUGGUUUGCAUUCCAGCGCAGCCGCCUCCAGCCGCUGUGCUCUGAGCCUGGGGCGCUGGUCCCAGGUGUGGGAGUCAACAGAACCUCCAGGGGCAGAAGUCUCAUCGGUAAGAUCCAGGACAAUGACCUUCUGGUCACCAAAAAAGGAGUCACGGUGGCCCCAGGAUUUGGAGUGGAUGAGUUUUCCGUGUCCAUCCUCACCGGAAAGCUGACGACUGUCUUCCUCCCAGUGAUCUACACAAUCGUGUUUGUGGUCAGCUUGCCUAGCAACAGCAUGGCGCUCUGGGUCUUUUUUUUCCGAACAAAGAAGAAGCAUCCUGCCGUGAUUUACAUGGCCAACCUGGCCUUGGCAGACCUCCUCUCAGUCAUCUGGUUCCCCCUGAAGAUCGCCUAUCACAUACAUGGCAACAACUGGUUUUACGGGGAAGGCCUCUGCAAGGUGCUUAUCGGCUUCUUCUAUGGUAACAUGUACUGCUCUGUUCUCUUCAUGACCUGCCUCAGUGUGCAGCGAUACUGGGUCAUCGUGAACCCCAUAGUGCACCCCAGGAAGAACGCAAACAUUGCCAUCGGGGUCUCUGUGGGAAUAUGGCUGCUGAUUCUGCUGGUCACCAUCCCCUUGUAUGUCAUGAAGCAGACCAUCUACAUCCCAGCCCUUAACAUCACGACCUGUCAUGACGUCCUGCCCGAGGAGGUGCUGGUGGGGGACAUGUUCAAUUACUUCCUCUCCCUGGCCAUUGGCGUCUUUCUGUUCCCGGCUCUCCUCACAGCAUCUUCCUAUGUGCUCAUGAUCCGAGCACUCCGAUCUUCUGCCAUGGAUGAACACUCGGGGAAGAAAAGGCACAGGGCCGUCAAGCUCAUCAUUACCGUCCUGGUCAUGUACCUCGUCUGCUUCACACCUAGUAACCUUCUACUUGUGGUGCAUUAUUUCCUGAUUAAGAGCCGAGGCCAGAGCCAUGUGUAUGCCCUGUACAUCACCGCCCUCUGUCUGUCCACCCUCAACAGCUGCAUUGACCCCUUCAUCUAUUACUUUGUCUCUCAAGAUUUUAGGGACCACGCCAAGAAUGCUCUCCUCUGUCGCAGUGUUCGCACUGUGAAGCGGAUGCAGAUCUCCCACACCUCCACGAAAUUCUCCAGGAAGUCCAGCUCUUAUUCUUCAAGUUCAACCAGUGUUAAAGCUUCCUCCUGAGCUUCCCCACUCCACAGGAAGAAGCUUCCUUCCUGGGGAGGGGCUGGUGUUUCCUACCAUGCAGCUUCUCCCAGGACUGCUGGGGGCUUCCCUGCCUGCAGGGGAACAGCUCCCCAUGUUAACCCAGUCAGCAGUAUCAGACUCUGCUAUUCAGAUGGCCUGGAAACUGAUCUGACCAAAGCAGAUUUUUUUAGAAGGUGGUGAAAAGACAGAAACCUGUCAUGCAGAAACUACACCUGGCAUGAAGACGAGGCUUCUAGUUGAAAGUAAUUUUUCUAAAUCUGGGGUCCAUCCGAGCCUUUUUAGGGGUUAAGGCCCCAGAGAGCAUCUCUCCAACUCUCCAGCUUUUCAGAUGAGGAAGCUAACUUGGUGAAUGGGCUGCUGGAGUCAGAAUCCCAGCUAAUUGCAGGGAGCUCCGGAAGGGAGCUCUGGCGGGACAACAGAACCCACAGGUCCAGUGAGUGGCUCUAGAUUCUUCACCGAAGUUGGCAAGGGUUAUGAUAAAUGUAGGCUCCUUGGGGGGGUAAGGACAGCUCAGUCCACAGGAACCAGAUCCUCUACAAGGCUUGUGCUGUCCACGCAUCAGAAAGCCAGAGAACCCUUGGCCUGAGAGCUUGCACAAUGGUUUCUGAAAAGAAAAGCUAAGAAGAACAUUUCACGUCUCUUACUAUUCUGCUAGUAAUGAAAUUUGUUGUUGAUGUACUAGGACUUUAAGUUAUUUCUUUAUUAUUCCUUUGAGCUUUUGCCUGUGUUAUAAUCCCAGAAAAAUUUGUGGAUCUUAAACAUGGUAAUCAACUUUGUUAUAAGAUCUUACCGCAGUCUGAGUAAUAGACUUAGUUUUACAACUAAGGGGGAUAUUUACCACUUAGUAUUUUUAAAAGUUAUUGUUGGGAUAUUUAUUGUCAAGCUUUGUUCACCUGUUAUCAAAUAGGAAAUUACAGAGACUUCACAGGGUUAGAACCACAUUCGUUUGGGAAAUAGCGUGAAUGGAAAGGGCUUGCAACAUAUUUAAGAGGAGGCUGGGGAUUUAGCUCAGUAGUUCCAGCGCCUGCCUUGAAAGCACAAGGUCCUGAGUUCAAUCCCCGUUACCAAAAAAAAACCAACCAUAUUUAAGAGGUACUUGACUCCAAAGUGACUAUGCACCUGCUGUAUUUGUGACUUUUAAAAAUUGUUUUAUUGUAUGAUUGGUUUAUAAAUAAUACAUUGCUUUUUUUUUUACAACUUA